GGGGUCUCUAUGGGGCCGGGGGGGUCCAGAGGGGUCUCUAUGGGGCUGGGGGGACCCGGAGGGGUCUCUAUGGGGCCAGGGGGAUCCAGGGGGGUCUCUAUGGGGCCAGGGGGAUCCAGGGGGGUCUCUAUGGGGCCGGGGGGGUCCCCAGGUGGGGAGGGGUCCCCGGGGGGGUCCCUGGCGGUGCGGAUGAGGGAGGGGCGGGCGCUGAGGGCACUGGGGGGGUGGGAGCUGGUGCGGGCCCUGCUGGUGCUGCAGCUUUGUGCCCACCCCUGGCUGGUGGACAACGCGGAGAUGCUGCUCCGGGGGUCCCGGCGGGUGCUGCCCCUCCCCCUCUGGAGGGGUCUCCUGUCCCUGUCCCUGUUCGGCCAGUUCGCGGUGGGGCGGGGCCAGAGCGCCGUGAGGGGCGUGGCCGAGCGGCUACGGGGGCGGGGCCUCCGCACCAUGUUGGCCCUGCCCCUGGAGGGGGAGGGGCCGGAAGGGGAGGGGGAGAGCUGGUUCGAGGCGAACCGUGGGGCGGCCCUGCAAUGUGUGGGGCUGGCGGCGGGGGCGGGGCCCGAGCCCGCGAUGCAGCUCAAGGUGACGGCGCUGCUCAGCCAGAGGCUCUGCGUGAGUGGGGGGGACCCCAAA